UUAAACCUGACUUCUUGGCUCUACACGAACAGCCCCUGAAGUGAAUAUUGUGACUUAACCAUGAAAAGUAAAAGGAAAAGAAAACAGAAAAUUGACUUGUCAAAUCGGAGUUUAAAUAAUACAAUGGCGGAUUUAAAAGGAAACUCGCAGUGGAAGUGAUCGUCCUGCUCCAUGUCACCGUCCUCUCCAUACCAAAUGUCUCCUCAGGGCGAUGGGGACUACAAGACUACAGCCGUGUCCCCUGCUCCCCCGGUGCCGCCAAGGAGGCUGCGGGGCCAGGAUAGAGGCUUGGACAGGACGCUGCGGCCCGGAGCAGGUUCAUCGGGCCCCGGGGCUCCUGAGAAGCGGGUGAAGUGUGUACUUGUGGGGGACGGGGCUGUGGGUAAAACCAGCCUGGUGGUCAGCUACACCACCAACGGGUACCCUACUGAGUACAUCCCCACGGCCUUUGACAACUUCUCAGCAGUGGUAUCAGUAGAUGGACAUCCUGUCAGACUCCAGCUCUGUGACACUGCCGGACAGGAUGAGUUUGACAAGCUGCGUCCACUGUGCUAUUCCAGUGCAGAUGUUUUCCUGUUGUGCUUCAGUGUCGUCAGUCCUGCUUCGUUCCAAAAUGUCCCUGAAAAGUGGGUCCCGGAAAUACGGACAUAUGCCCCUCAUGCUCCUUUAGUUCUGGUUGGGACGCAAUGUGAUCUCAGAGAAGACGUUAAGGUUCUUAUUGACCUGGCUAAAUACAGAGAGCGACCGGUAGAUCCAGCAGAAGCCAAGGACUGUGCGAUAGAGAUUGAAGCUGUGACCUACAUCGAGUGCUCUUCACUAACUCAAAAGAACCUAAAAGAGGUGUUUGACUCUGCCAUAUUAGCAAGUCUGAAGAACUACAACUCCCAGAAGUCUGUCAGAGGGAAAAGACCUAAGAAAUACAAACAAACACCAGACAAGAUGAAGAGUCUUUCAAAGUCAUGGUGGAAAAGUUACUGCUGUGUUACUUAAAAUACACUCCUGCUCCUGGUCAAAUACUAUACUUUUCCCAAUUCUGCCUAAAGAUAGAAAAGUUGCCUCUGUGUGAGGUAUAAUCGGACUAUACAAACUCACACAAACGGUAGCUGAUAUAAUACUUUACUAAUAUGUAUGUUGAAUCCUACUGGGGCCAAACUGGAAAUCUUUCUCUUUUGCUGAUUUUGAUAUUUUAACACGAGUCAGUAUUUUACAUUUAACAUGCUUUUUUCAUGUUUAAAUAAAUUAAAAUUUCUAAAAUGUAACUAUAUAUGGUAGUACUUUUGCAUAGGUACCUGUUACUCAAAUGUGAACCACUCAUCUCAUAAUUAAGUAUUAAUGGACCUGAGCCAUUUUGAGAAACCACUAGUUUUCGGCUGUUUUUUUUUUUUUUUACAGCAUCCUUUUGAGGCUGGAGGCGCUGAUUAUUCAUGUAAGGUUGCAAACAAGUCAAGCUUAUCUAUCCAAAAAUAUGAAAAGUUAUGGGCCCAGUGUUCUGUAUGUGUGGAUUUUAUAUACAAGAAUUCAUGUCAGUUGAUUGAAUGCAAUAAAUGGUAUUUUGUACAGUAGUACAAAGGAGGACACUUGUACUUGAACAAAGGAGGACCGUUUUCGUGGCAUGGUACAUGGCAUUGUGAAGAGGUGUAUGUUUGUAGCCUGAUAUUUCUGGAUUGCUGUUUUUUUUGCCAAAGAUGUUGCAAAAAGUGAGCGCAGUUUCUCUGACCAAUGAUGUAAGUGGGCUAAAUGUCCCAAUAGUAUUUGUAUUUGCCAAAGGAAAUAUAAAGUGAUUAAAGAUACAGCAACAUAGCUUAAGGUGGAGGUCAAAAUAAACUAAGAAAAACAGCAUUGUGAGCUCAAGGGAAUGAGAAAGUUAAAAAGUGAGCAUAUUUUGAUUGUUCAAAAAGCAGCUCUGUCGGUCCUCAUUUUUUGACAGAUGUGUAUGAGAAGAGAGAAGUCCUUGAAAGUGACGUUUUAGAACUGAUUCAGAUGGGAAUUCAAUACAGCUUGGUUAUCAUGUUUUAUUUCCUGAAUCCACUGACCUCUGAAUUUCACACACAACUUGAAUCACAUCUAUUGUGUAAAUAAUUGUAAAAUGUAUUGCCUGUUUUUAUUUCCUAUAUGCUAUU